UGCGUCCUUAGCGACCCGGCGGUAGCAGCCCCGCCUGCGCGCUGGGCCGGGUGAUUGGCCCGACUCCUGGCCUCCAAUCCCCCGCCCCACCAUGUUCCCCCGCAGGCUGUCUCAGGUCGCGAUCCUGGGAGAGCACAGACCGAGUAUCCCUGAGCUGCCUGGGUGGGGAAACGCCGCCUCGGGGGAUUUUGAGAAGCAUGUCUUCUGUUUGGAAGACUACGUGUGGAUCAGAUGCAGUGCCUGAGAUGGUGGUGAAAAUCAUUGGAAGUAAACACUUUCGGUACCUCGUGGAGAAGCCAGAGAUCAAGGAAAAUGAGAACUUGAAGGCAGAAACUCAAACAAUACUCCAGAAAUCCAUGAUUGGUAGUGCAAGACAGAUGAGCAGAGACUCCCCAGCUCCUACUAAUCCUACUGAUCAUCAAAUCAACCAUGACCCAGAGGAUGAGGAAGAAAACAAGCACCAAGAGAACAACCAGAGCCCAGAGCACAACCAGAAAUUCCUCACAGGAGCACUCACAAGCAGAUUUCUGGAUGGCAAAAUUCCCAUCCAGGCAAAUGCCCAUUGUAGCUCAGUACCAACUGGAGACCAGUCCCUAUCCUAUAUCCAUGGCCUCCCCGGGAGAAACCUCAGAGACUGGUCUUUGGAACAGAUGGCAAGGGACAGCUCUGACCAACCUAAAGUGAGCUACGGAAAACUCCUCUGGUUUUUAAAAGCUGCAGCUUCAGGUGACCCCCAGCAAAGCCAAAGAGUUGUGGGCAGCAACUGGAACAAGAGUCAGAGUUAUCACGAUCAUGGCCAAGGUACUGCUCAUCAGGAUGCCAGCCCACAGUCAGAAGUGAGCAAGAGCCUGUCAGAGAUCUUGAUGGCACUAAGGACAACUAAUGGGAAACUCAACAUAGAGAACCUCAGUCGGAAUUUUCAAAAAGAAGAUCGCUCGUUCUCUGGCUCCCUGCCCCUACCCAAGGUCAGGGCUAUAUGCGGAAAACAUGGAUUGUAUCUGACUUUGAGUUUUCUGGAAACAUUGCUAAGCCACCAGAAUUUGGGUUAUCAUGGUGAAAUAAAAUGGCAGAAUUUUGUUGAACUGUUGAGUAAAGCUUCCUCCGAUUUGCCACAUGAUUUGCCUACAGGAAAGAAAGCAAAAGAAACCUCUGCCACUACCAUGCAGGCUGAAGUUGCUAAGAUAUCUCAAGGCAGAACAGAACAUAUGAAAAUUCCAGAAGAGGAGCUGCAACCAGAAAACCCUCCUGCUGAGAUUUCAUCCCCCAAAGAUCCCCUGAAAGCUUUGAAGGUCAGGCCAAUCUCACAGCCUCUCGUGACUCCAAUGAUGAAGAACGAGCCUGAAGAAUAUGAGACAUGGACUGACAAGUUCAGGAAGCUGGAAAAUGCCCUCUACCUGUGUGACCUGACUAAUACAGGAGUCCUGGAAAAGGAACGGGCCAGACGCCUCAUUCACAACUACAAUCUCAUUUACAACCUAUCCCUGAGCCCUCGGAAAAUCGACCAAGCCUUGAGGAGAUUCCGUGCGGGAGAAAAUAUGCUCUUGGAGCCAGCACUCCAGUACUUAAAGGAGCUAUGAUAACAAACCCAUAUUGUGAGAACAGAUGUUUCCUUUUUCUUCCUUUCUACCCAGACACGUGUUUCUCCCCAGCCCAUGCAUAGUGGUGGAGACACUGUCACAGAGUCAAGGCCGAUGCAGCAACUGAAGAUGCUUUGGACUUGGGCUUCAUUUCUAGCUAUGAUACUCCCUGAUAGGCAGCUCAGAGUGACCUGAGAAAACCAGGUUUCCUCUCCCGAGGUGGCAAGAACCCAAUUUCUUAAAACCCCCUUUUAUUCCAAUAAAGCUCCUUAUGAACAUUA